AUGCGUGGCGUGACAGCGUCGCCGUACAACUUGCCUCUUACUAUCACGAUCGUUGGACAAGCCAGGGCUGUGUGCCAGAUGAACUACGAGGUUUCAGGUUCCGCCAAAGAGUCAUCGAACUCGGGGGAGGCAUCAGAAUGUGCACCCAAAGCCAACAGCAGCAUUAAGAACCUUAAACCGUCACCUACCUCCCCUCGAGUCCCGACUACUAUAUUCUCGAGCGAAUCUUUCGUCCUCGCCGCUGGCUCAGUCCUCUUCAGAACCCACCCAAUCACGCACGCCCUGCAAGUCUGCUUAAUCUACCACACAAAACGCAAGACCUACAUACUCCCGAAAGGCCGAAAAGACCAGAAUGAAUCGAUGGAGGUGACAGCCAUCCGGGAGACAUACGAAGAAACGGGGUAUCCGUGUCGCCUUUUCUCUUGUACGAUGCCAACGAGGGCGCCUCCUCCAGGACAGAAUCUACACCCUUCGAAGGUACUGAUGGCAGAUAACCUAGUGGAACCCUUUGCGGUAGAGGUUAGACAGUUGAAAUGUGGGUCUUUGAAGAACGUUUGGUGGUUCUUGAGUUGGGUGACAGAAAAUGAUGUGGAGAGGGUAGUUGGGACGCAUGCAUCGAGUGCAGAGGAAGCAUACGAAUCGGCUUUCUACGAUGUCGCAGAGGCUUUGGAGAUUAUGCGAGGUUCGAAUCAUUUUGCACCUAUAUUAGAAAAAGCAGUCGCAUUGGUUCAAGCAACGCUGGAUUCCAAAGUAGUACAGAGCGAAUAA